CACCUUGUGGUUGUGCAUGCAAGUGAGGAAAAUGGCGGCGUCCAUCGAUGGAAUUCUGCCUGGCAAACUAGCAAGUUCUGUAUUGAACUCCAAACUUUUGGUGGUAGGAGCUGGUGGAAUAGGAUGUGAACUUCUAAAGAAUUUGGUUCUUACGGGCUUUAGGACCAUUGUAGUGAUUGAUUUAGAUACUAUUGAUGUCAGCAAUCUCAACCGGCAGUUUCUCUUUCAGAAAAAGCAUGUUGGCAAAUCAAAAGCACAAGUUGCAAAAGAGAGCGUGUUGACAUUCAACCCAGAUGUCUCGAUUGAAGCAAGGCAUGACAGUGUAAUGAAUCCUGAGUACAACCGUGAUUUCUUCAAACAGUUCACCAUGGUGCUCAAUGCUUUAGAUAACAGAGCUGCUAGGAAUCAUGUGAACCGGAUGUGUCUUGCUGCUGAUGUUCCACUUGUGGAAAGUGGGAGUGCAGGUUACCUUGGCCAGGUAACUGUCAUAAGAAAGGGUCUGACAGAAUGCUAUGAAUGUCAGCCAGCUCCACCUCAGAAGUCCUUCCCAGGAUGCACCAUUCGAAACACACCAUCCGAACCUAUACACUGCAUCGUUUGGGGAAAGCAUUUAUUUAAUCAGCUGUUUGGUGAAGAUGACCCUGAUCAAGAUGUAUCACCGGACACAGCUGAUCCUGAGGCAGCGGGUGAUGCAGGUCAACAAGCUGUAGAUCAUAUACCAACCAUGGAUGGUAAUGUCAUUAGGGAAUCAACCAAAAAGUGGGCUCAGGACUCAGGAUUCAAUGCUGAGAAACUUUUCAGGAAGUUCUUUCAUGAGGACAUCAAGUAUCUUCUAUCAAUGGAGAAAUUAUGGAAGAAGAGGAGACCUCCAACCCCUCUAGACUGGAAUAAUUUACCGGAUACUGAAGAAGUGAGCAAUGACAAGAGUAGCGUACUGAGGGACCAAAGACAGUGGAAUAUCAAAGAUUGUGUGAGGGUAUUUGAAGAGAGUCUUGCUAGUCUACACAUUCAAAGUAAAGAUAGAGGAGAACUGGCAUGGGACAAGGAUGACCAAGCAGCGAUGGACUUUGUAGCCUGUACUGCUAACAUCAGGUCACAUAUAUUUGGUAUUCCUAUGAAAACAAGAUUUGAUAUCAAAUCAAUGGCAGGUAACAUCAUUCCAGCUAUAGCUACAACCAAUGCUGUCAUCGCAGGCCUUAUUGUCAUUGAAGCACUUAAAGUUCUUGCAAACAACAUGGAGAAAUGUAAAACGGUGUACAUGACACGGUUUCCUAAUUCGAGGAAGAAGCUAUUAGUCCCAUGUGUACUGAUACCACCGAACCCUAACUGCUAUGUAUGUGCUGACAGACCAGAGGUGACUAUUAAGCUGAACACAAAUAUGACGACUGUAAAAACGUUACAGGAUAAGAUAUUGAAAUCUGCCUUAGGAAUGAUAGCCCCUGAUGUUGAAAUUCAAGAUGGCAAAGGAACCAUUCUUAUUUCUAGUGAUGAAGAAGAAACAUUAGAAAAUAUGCCUAGAAUGCUAAGUGAAUUCAACAUAAUUGGUGGAAGCCGUCUGAAAGCAGAUGAUUUUCUUCAGAAUUUUGAGCUCAUCAUCAACCUCCAAUAUGAAGAAACCCUUGAGGAGGAGGCUGAGUUUGAGGUUGUUGGCAAAGUACCAGUCGUCCACAAGGAGGCUGAAGCUAAGUCAGAUCAGAAGGAUAACCAAUCAACAACACAGGCUGAAUCACAUGACCAGGUCUCAUCGACCAAUGGGAAUGGAGAUGUGGCUGGCCCCUCCCAAGAGGGUCCAAACGAUGUAGAUGAUGAUGAUUUCAUGAUACUGGAUGAUGAGGAAGUAGAAGAAGUUGUUGAGGAGAAGAAGAUGGAGGUUAGUGAGGAUGGCGACUCCAGGAAACGUAAGUUAUCAGAAGAUAUUGUGUCUACCACCGGAGAGGAUACGCCUGUUAUAAAGAAAGCUAAAACAACCAGUCAGGAACUGGAACAAGAUGAAGACAUUGUUGUUCUAGAUGACUGAGAUAAUAUCAUGGUGCUACAACUCAAUUUCGCCCCUAAAACAUGGUCCUUUGAUAAGUGAUUCUAUCAAGAAGUGAUGAAAUGCUGAAUUAUGAAGAACUAUUAUUUGGAACUUGCCAUAAAUAUGAAAAUUUACAUUUAGAUGGUCUCAUUUUCUUUGGUUGUAUUGACCAGCAAGAUUUGACUAUUUUUUUUUUAAAUUUGAAAUUACUGGUAAAAAUCUUAAGACUUGCAAUGUACUGUGCAAGCUAAAAUAUCGCCAGUAUAGGGGGGAGGGGGUGGGGGUGGAAACUGCCCUUCCACUAUAUUGUAACACAGAGGCAUGGCCUGAGUGUGAACAAGGAUAUCUUGUUGAUGUUGAAACUAAAUCAACAUUGCAGUCUAACAGUAAAACUUAUGGGUUAAUGUUAAUUGCCAAAUCCCUCAUCAUAAAAUGUGGGAUUUGAGUUAAGCAUUACGUUUAAACAAAGUUUUUGUUUGUACCUCUAAGAGGUAGCACAAUGUAUUGAUAGUAAAAAUUUGCCUCAUAACAUUUCCUGCACCGUCUUCUUACAACAAGUGUACAUGGAAAGGUUGAGCAUAUCUAUUUUUCAAUGCGUGAUGCUAUUUCUUUUAUAAGCACAUAUCUCACAUGGUUCGUCAGAGUCGGAGAACUCUGGGAAAAUCAGUGAAAUUUUUAUUUAAAGUCACACAAUAUGUUUAUUUCUCGUGAAAAUUUAUAGAAAAUGAUUAUGAAAGGUAUAUUUUUGUAACAAAUUUAAUUUACUGUAAAUCCAUUAGAAUAAAAAUGAAGUUUGUUUUAUGAGUGGAUUUACAGUAUCAUCAUGACAGACAUGAUCGCUGACUGAUUCUUGCUCAGCCCGAUGAAAUAUGUACAUUUUUCUACCCUGGCCCCCGCUACUUUUUUUGUCUUUUAUGAACUUUCAAGGAGUGCUUGAAAUAAUGGUCAUUGAGCAUUGUUACCUUGGUAGUUACCAUCUAAAGCAAAGUUACCAUUACAAUAACUUUCACGAAGAGUCAAAAAUUUUAAAUUGUUUCAGUGCAGGGUUGUCACAAUAAUAAAAAAUAAUUGUUCUAAAACAUCUGUUUCAUCUGUUUUGCACCCCUCCCCCCAAAAAAAAAACCCAACCCAAAACGGGAUCCAAACCACAGCAUAGAUAUGUGCACUAAAAUAUUUGCACAUAAUUAUGUCUAUUGUCUUUUAUACUUGUUUUAUUUUGUUUUAUUCAAUAUUUCUUCAUCUGUUUUGCCUUUACAUGAAUCCACAGUAAGUACAUGAACAAGGGAAACUCCCUUCUCCUGACUUCUUCUGUCAUUGUCACUCUUCCUUUACAUAUAUAUGCAUGUAUAAGUGAUUACUUACUUGAAGUUAAACUGUCAAAGGGGAUCCAAACUUGGCCGUAAAAUGUUGUGUGAGAGAGGAGAAAAAUGUCUGAUAUGUUCAAACUUUCUUCCUGUCUGAUUUUCUUCCCUCUAAAAACAAAUAUUUAUUUGUGUUGGCUUCCCCUUUAAGCAGGAUAUCUGACAUCAAUUAGUCAGUUAAUACUGUAAUACAGUCAACUCUGCCUAAGUCAACUUUCUGUACGUCCAAUAAUUGCUGAAGUCUACCGCAAUAUUUAAGAUUAGAUUAUGAUAGACAUUUUAUUAACCUAAGUUGAACAAAUUUUUGUUUUCGCUUGACUUGGGCAGAGCUCCCUGUACCUUCAAAUAGUGUUGUCAUGUGAUGUUGUUUUUAUGUUAAUUCCUAACUGGGGGGCUUCAAGUAUACCUAACCAAAGAUCAUUUAUGCACUAACAUGCCAAUGCGCACAACUCAUUGCAUAAUCAUUUAGAAGUGCUUUUGUUUUUUGGAAGUGCCCCAGUUAUGGUCACCAUAUGUUAUAGAGUGUUAAAGUCAGAUUUAUCUAUACCUUCUAACUUGGUACCCUCUCAGUUAUUCAAGUAUUACUCUCAACCAUACGUUUAAUUUUAAACAUUCCAUUUAAUUAUUUCCAGUGUUGACAGUUUUUAUGCACAUAUUAUUUAAAAGAAAGUGUAUUGACUCUAUGACCAUUGGUCAGAUAGUUGUUGAAGGGGAACUAUAGAGUGUACUGUAAUGUAGGUUUAACUUACAGUGUACAUGUAGAGUACUCUGAGAAAAUUACAUUGAAAGCAUACCUGUCUGCAAGAAAAUAAGUUAUCAAAUGGUUUAAACAUUUUGUGACACAAAAAGAAUCUCCUUUACAAAAAAUCCAUCAUAAUCCAUCUUCUAAGAAGUGUUAACUUUUCCUUUUAAAAACAAAGCAAUCUAGGGUGCAUUCCAUGAAGAGCUUUGUCAGUGAUUUUCAUGAAUUCCAAUAGCUUAUAAUAUUUUCAGUGAUAAAUAGCCUACUAUUUGUUUCCUGAAACACUCCCCUAUUUGGUCAAAACACUGUCAUGUGGACAAGUGUUUAAUCCACUUAGAGAACAUUUUGAGUGGACAUGUACAUUCAUUGGGCUGUUUCAUUCGAGUCAAGUGUGAGUUUAAGUCAUGUUUUAGCACCAAAGGGCACAAGAUAUUUAUAUACUAAUGAUUAAUAAGCAGAAGGAUGUCCAACAAUGUUCAAGAAAAUAUUCAUAUUUUUUUGAUGUAUUUAUGAGCACAAUAUGAAUGUGCUCAGUAUAAUUUCUUGGGAAAUAUGGUAAGAUUAAGAAUAGGCACCGAUAAUUGAUAAACUAUACUCUGCUCUCCUAAAUAAUGCAUGUUUGAAAUUUAUGAAGUGGGAAUCAGAUUGCUAAUCUUCGUAUAACAUUGUUUUAAAAUUAUUGAGAUGGGCUAAGAAUGGUAUGAACUAACACAUUUUCUUUAGCAACCAUGAUAUCAACAAAGUUCCAUACAUUGGUUAUCAAAGUUGAUCAGAAAUUUAGGGGAAUUUGAAAAUUCCUUGUUCAUAGCUACGCAGAGUAAACCACAAUGAUAUUUUGUUAUUUUUGCAAACCUUGAGCGUUUGGACAAAGUUGAUGAAGUUCAUGUUGAAAGAGAAUGUGAUGUACAUAAUUCUAACAUUUUGAAGAAGGCAUGUCUUGUACAGUUUCAGUAGGAAUAAAACAGAAAAUUGAAA